UGCGUUGAAACUUUUAGUUGGCACAAAUUAAGUUAAGUGUAGGUAGAAUUCCAAUCUAGGCUCAUUCUGCUCAUCUAGGACCAGCUCAUCUCUCUUUCUCUCUCUCCCACACAACAGUGAGAGGGAGAUGCAAGGAAGGAGGGCCACAACUCUGAGCUGUCUGCAGAAGAAGUAAUGUAGCUACAUUAAGGAUCUAUACAACCCCUAGCAACCUAUUUUUUUUUCUGCUCAUCAUCAGUAGUUUCUUCACUCAAACAUAUCUAUAUAUUUUCAAUAAAUGACUAAAUUCUUCCCCUAUAAUUGGUGGACAUGAAACUUUCCUUAUAAAUAUAAAUAUAAGGAUUUAGAGGUAGCGGUGGUCACAGUGGAGGGUGCAAUGGCAGCCCAGAUGACUCUAAUGCUACUGAGCUUUUUGAGUUUUCUAGUAUCAAUUUAUGGUACAAUGGCUCUGAAAAAUGAGCAACAAGAAAUGGAUCGCAUCUUAGAACUUCCGGGGCAGCCACCAGUUUCGUUUUCUCAGUUUUCAGGUUAUGUUCCAGUGAAUGAAGACCAUGGGAGGGCUCUUUUCUAUUGGUUGACAGAAGCUACUUCCAGUCCUGAGAAGAAGCCCCUCGUUCUCUGGCUCAAUGGAGGACCGGGAUGUUCAUCUGUGGCUUAUGGGGCAUCAGAGGAAAUAGGGCCAUUUCGAAUUAGCAAAACUGCUUCAUCUCUCUACCUGAACAAACAUUCGUGGAAUAGAGAGGCAAAUAUUCUCUUCUUGGAAUCACCUGCUGGUGUUGGUUUCUCAUAUACCAACACAAGUUCUGAUCUCAAGGACUCGGGAGAUAAAAGGACAGCUCAGGAUGCUCUAAUUUUCCUUCUACGAUGGAUGUCAAGAUUUCCUCAGUACAAAGAUAGAGACUUUUACCUCUCUGGCGAGAGUUAUGCAGGCCAUUAUGUACCCCAGUUGGCUUUGAAAAUAGCUGAAUACAACAAAGGAGCUUCCCAUCCAAUCAUCAAUCUUAAAGGAAUCAUGGUUGGAAAUGCUGUGACCGAUAACUACUAUGACAACCUUGGAACAGUUUCAUAUUGGUGGAGCCAUUCCAUCAUAUCUGACAGAACUUACAAAUCCAUCCUCAAAUCAUGUAACUUCUCAUCAGAAAAGUCUUCUCAGAAGUGUGAUGAUGCAGUAAAUUAUGCCAUGAAUCAUGAAUUCGGCAACAUUGAUCAGUACAGUAUUUAUGCGCCUGCUUGUAAGGCCUCGACCGCGAAUAAUACCGUGAAAUUACUCAGGCUCAAGAACAGCCUUAUACAUAGAAAAAUUUCGGGAUACGAUCCGUGUACUGAGAACUAUGCAGAGAAAUACUACAAUCGACCAGAUGUUCAGAAAGCCAUGCAUGCAAAUUCUACAGCAAUUCCAUACAAAUGGACUGCUUGCAGGAUGACACCGAAUCCAUUGAAAUGUUGGUUGCUAGUGGUAGCCUACAUUCCUCUGACUUUUUCAUUUAUUUGUGGGGGCAGUGAUGUACUAAUAAGGAACUGGAAGGACACUGAAUUUUCAAUCCUGCCCACCUACAAGAAGUUGAUAGCUGCUGGCCUAAGAAUUUGGGUGUUCAGUGGUGACACGGACUCAGUGGUGCCUGUCACAGCCACAAGAUUCUCCUUGAACCAUCUGAAUCUCAAAAUCAAAACUAAAUGGUAUCCUUGGUACCUGGGUGGUCAGGUAGGAGGCUGGACAGAGGUAUAUAGAGGACUAACCUUUGCCACAAUUAGAGGAGCUGGCCAUGAAAUCCCUUUGCUUCAGCCCCAGAGAGCAUUAGUUCUUUUCCAAUCAUUCUUGGCAGGCAAAGCUUUGCCAAGAUCUUGAACCUUCUGCUCAUAUACACCGCAAAGGCUCGAAUAUAUAGUUAUAAAUAGCUCGGAGAAGUUCAGAUGCUCAAGCCUUUGGUCCUGAUAAAUUAUAUGUCCACAUGGAAGGUUGUGGGAGAAUCAACUAAAAUAGGAAUCAUUCGUUUCAAUAUGUACCAAAUUAAAUGGCUAUAUUUGUUUAUCAUAGUUGAGAAAUUUGAUUCUGUCUCGAAAAAGAAAACCUUUUCUCUACUA